GCAGAAUUUGCAGGUGUAAAGUGCAUGAUGAGAGAGAUGAGUCACCCUCUCCUGGUUUUGGAGUGAGGGAGUAAUACGAUACUGUACAAUUCUUAGACAGAAAUCUGUAUCUAUCUUUAUCUAUACAUGCAUAUGCAAGUGCUUAUCUGUGUGUGAUAAAAAAGAGGGAAGAAAGGGAAAAAAAAUUGCAUAGGGAUUUUCUCAUUUCCAUCGAAAAUUUCAUCACCGGACCCGCCGAAGAUUGUGAAAAAUUUUAAAAAUAACAUUGUUGUUUCCGUCUCUUCCUCUUUAUUUUUCAUUAAUCAAUUCAAAUUGAACUACUUUUACUUCUUUUUCAGGAAAUCGAAUUAAUUUCUGGGUGCUCUAUUUUUCUUUAUAAAUAAGUUUCUUGUUUAUCUGCAAAUAGAAAUGGCAAAUGCAUCUGGGCUGUAUACAGCAACGCUGCCUACUGUGAGGAGGAGAUUUACUCCAUCUACAGGCAUUUAUAGAUCUGGGUUUUGGUUUUCUGAGGGUGUCUCCAAGAGAAUAAUGUGUUCCAGCACUGUCGAAGGUGCAGAUAAGCUCUCCUCUUCCGAAUCUAGAGUUCCCAGGCUUGUCAGCAGAGGCUGCAAGUUAGUUGGAUGUGGUUCUGCCGUACCGGGUCUUCAGAUUUCUAAUGAUGAUCUAUCAAAAAUUGUUGAUACUAAUGAUGAAUGGAUAUCUGUUCGGACAGGAAUUCGAAAUAGAAGAGUACUUUCUGGGAAAGAUAGUUUGACAUCUCUGGCUGCAGAGGCAGCAAAGAAAGCACUCGAGAUGGCAGAAGUUGAUCCUGAUGAUGUGGAUCUUGUAUUGAUGUGCACUUCAACUCCAGAGGAUUUAUUUGGCAGUGCUCCUCAGAUUCAAAAAACACUGGGCUGCAAAAAUAAUCCAUUGGCUUAUGAUAUCACAGCUGCUUGCAGUGGGUUUGUGUUGGGAUUAGUCUCAGCUGCUUGCUACAUUAGAGGGGGUGGCUUUAAAAAUGUUCUUGUGAUUGGGGCUGAUGCUCUUUCUCGCUAUGUUGAUUGGACGGAUAGAGGAUCUUGCAUUCUCUUUGGUGAUGGUGCUGGCGCCGUGUUGGUGCAGGCAUGUGAUUGUGAGGAUGAUGGUUUAUUUGCAUUUGACUUGCACAGUGAUGGUGAAGGGCAAAGGCACUUAAGAGCCACCAUCAUGCAAAAUGAAGUGGAUCAUGUGCUGGGUACAAAUGGUUCAGCUGUAGGAUUUCCCCCAAAAAAUUCCUCCUACUCCUGCAUCCAGAUGAAUGGUAAGGAGGUCUUCCGCUUUGCUGUACGUGUUGUUCCACAGUCUAUUGAAUAUGCUCUAGAGAAGGCAGGUCUCACCAGUUCCAACAUAGAUUGGUUGCUUCUUCAUCAGGCAAACCAGAGGAUCAUUGAUGCUGUAGCGACACGUUUAGAGGUCCCAUCAGAACGGGUUUUAUCAAAUUUGGCGAACUAUGGUAAUACAAGUGCUGCAUCUAUUCCAUUGGCAUUGGACGAAGCUGUACGAAGUGGGAAGGUUCAGGCAGGCCAUACAAUUGCAGCUGCUGGAUUUGGAGCCGGGCUUACGUGGGGCUCUGCAAUCGUUAGAUGGGGAUGAGGCCACUCGAUUUACCGUUCUGAAGGUUUUAAAAUCUGAUUUCAUUUCUGUGUCUAGUUAGCAGGGAAAUGCAAUGGCAUAAUCUCUUUCAGCUCCCCUUUUCUUUAUUUUAGCCUUGUUACUAUUGAAAUUCAGCAACAUGAAUAAAUUAUAUUGUCCAAUUUUGUCAUCUUGACUUCAACUUUCUGGUUUCUUUUUUCUGGAAUCAAUGUUAACUUGGGUAGUAUCUUGCAAUGGAUGUUGUUUUUGGCUCAA